CGGGGGAAAGUCGUGGCGCGUCGCGGCACAUUUCAACCAAUUUUAACUCGCAUUCUCGUCGUCCUUCGGAAGUGAAGUAAAUUGUCGGGCGUUCGUGUCAAAAUUCGUCGUCAGUUGGAUGCGAUGUAUUGCGAGAAGUUGUGUCGCGUUUAAUCGUGUUUUGCAACUUCCCCGCUGCCUUGUAUCCUGAGUUUCUGAUGCAAAAAGAAGAUUAUUAUUGUAAGGAGCAAGUGCAAAUCUUGCGAAGAAAAUGUUCGGUAAAGAGCGUGUAGCGAGGAAUUAGAAAGCUUAAUGAACAUGAUAAUGAUAUAUGAGAUAAGCGCGUAUUGGGUGGGGAAAGUAGGAAAGUACAAAAUUCUCAGAGAGGUGGUAAGAGCAAGAAAAAGGUCUGAACAAUGUGCCGAAUGAAUUCUAUCUUCAGAAGGUAGACGGUUUUUGACAGAAAAAGACUUGAGUAGAAAGAAAAUUCUGUAGAUACAUCCGUAAAUAUAACUUGCCGUUACGCAAUGUGUUAACCGUGUUUUUAGUCGUAGUAUUCUUAACGGUGUCGUGUUAUCUGGUGUUAUAUUCUUGUGCUUAUAUCCAUAAUGGCAGAAAUGACAAUCCAUCUGCUGACGACUUGGGGAUUUAAUGAAGCAAUAAUUGCCAAUUUUGUAGAUCAAGAAGUAGAAGCUGAUCAAUUCUCUAGUUUAACGGAAGAAGAUCUCAAGAUUCUGAUACCUGACAUUGGUCCACGACUUAGAUUUAAAAUUAAUUUAAAAAAAUAUCUAGCUAAGUGUGAGCAACAACCUAGGAUUAUAAAAGUCGAGUCAUUUAAUCAACAGCAAGAACAUUUAGACAUAUAUCUUCCAAAACGGCAAAAACUAAAAUCAAAAGAAACAUCUAUAGGACAACAGCAACAUAAUGAAGAUAUAAUUGUGUAUAAUUCAAAUUCAUCGUCUACAUUUGCAAAUACAGAAUAUAAUAAAGAUUUAGACUUAAAAGUUUUAAAAAGGGAAAAAGUAAAACAAGAAGAAAUAUCUAUAGAACAGCUUCAACAUGACGAGGACAUAAUUAUAAUUGAUUCAAGUUUACCGUCUAUAUCUGCAAAUACAAAAUAUAAUGAAGAUUUAAACUUAAAAGUUUUAGAAAGGGAGAAAGUAAAACAAGCAAAAGUAUCUAUGGAACAGCUGCAACAUGACGAGGAUAUAAUUAUAAUUGAUUCAAGUUUACCGUCUAUAUCUGCAAAUACAAAAUAUAAUGAUUUAGACUUAAAAGUUUUAGAAAAAGAGAAAGUAAAACAAGCAGAAAUAUCUAUAGAACAGCUUCAACAUGACGAGGACAUAAUUAUAAUUGAUUCAAGUUCACUGUCUACAACUGCAAAUACAAAAUAUAAUACAAACAAUGCCACAGCAGAUAUAAAGCAACCUAUAGCUGAUAACGAAUCUGAUAUUGCUAAUACUUUAUUAGUAGAAAGAGAAUUACCGAUUAAUUGUGCAGAAAUACCGAUUAAGAAACGGCAAUUUCCAUCUAUUACCAAUGAUGGUCACCGCGUAGCAAUGCAAGAGGUACCAAAAACAAAACCAAAAAUUAUCUCCAAUGAACGCAUAAAUUUAGACAUUUCAGUAAAAAAUAAUGAAAAGAUUGAUUACCAUGAAAUAAAAUCUUUACGAAGACAAUUAAAAAAAGAACAAAAAAAACUUCACAAAGAGACAGAAAAAAGAAAGGAAUUGCAUAUUAAACUUAUGGAUUAUAAGAAAAGAGACAAAAAUUUGACAAAUAUAAAUAUAAAAUUGCAGAAAAUAAUAAGUUUUUCCGAUGCAGAAGACACUUUAGAUGUUGCAAUGCAGAUUCUAGAUGCAAUACAACAACCUCUAUCUGUAGGAUUUGUGAGGAAAUCAGAUAACAUGAUUUAUUUGGGGAAUGGAGAAUGGAUGUUAUACGACACAUACAAAUCAGUUAUUUUUAACUCAAAGGAUUCUCCGUCUGAAUUCGUAAAGAAUAUAGCCAUGGAGAUCUUUGGAUCGGAAGUGCUGCUAGAAAGCAGCGUGUUUGGAAAACCGUGCAAUAAGAAGGGAAGAAUUCCCGAAAAACCAGCAUUAAACUCUCAGAAGUUAUGUGCUAUCCAUGAAAUAUUCAAAAAAUAUCUUUUGGAUCUGGGAGUAAAUCCGAUAAAAACUGAUCAAGAAUUAAAAAAUGUCCCAUCGUACAUUUCAGAUAAAAUAUCGGAAUUAAACAAGCUGCAGAUGAAUAUUCUCAAACUACGGAAUCAAAAAAUAAUCGUUAAAGCAUUAAAAGAGAAUGAUGUUAAUAAUAGUGAUACAGAAAAUAUCAGUGAUAGAGGAAAUAACAAUAAGAUCAAUAACAAUGACAACGAGUAAUAGUCAGAAAAAAAUUGAAGUGAUAAGGUUAAAAUUGUUAUACAUUGCGUUACAUAUUGUAAUUUUUACAUUUGUGACACUUGUUUUCUUGUUUAAUUAAAAAAUGCCACAUAAAAGUGUAUAGAAUCAGA